CAUUUGAGCACUGAGGGUUUUAUAGACAGUUACAGAAGGGCGCACGUAUAAAUAAUAUAGUUGUUAAUUUCACUCUAGACUAAUUUUACAUUCUUAGUGUACAUGUUGGCACGAAUUAUUCUAAAGUCAUGAGAAAGAGAAUGGUGUAUCCAGAAAAAAUAAAUUUUGACCAAGGUAGUGAUAGACCGAUUGCUCGCCCGGCUUGGUGUAAUGAUUCACCGGAUAAAUCUUGUAACAAUUCUCCGGAAAGACCCAAGUUUACUGGAAAGGAGAAAAGCAACAAUGGCUGUGAUAGAAAACUGGAUUCUUCGUCCUCGGAAAACUCUGAAGAGAACCACCAAUUCAUUCAAGAUCGUAUUAGACAUUUGGUAGAUGCGUUUUCUACCAGAGCUCAAGCCGCUAGGCAAAGAUUAGAAGGACCACAAACACCAUCAUCGUUAAGCUCUUCCGCAGGAGCGGAAGGAACUCACAGUGCAAUAAGUUCGGCUCCUCGACUUAGCGUUUCACUUUCCGAUAAAUAUGUCGAAGAAGAACCAGAAAUAAGAGUGGAACCGAGAAGUUAUAGAGAAAAGUUUUUAAAUCAUGUAAAAAUAAUUGACCCAAACGGAAAAAUUUUUGUUAGCUGGAUGGCUUUGGUUACGUUAGCAGUUUUGUAUAAUGCUUGGGUUAUACCGCUAAGAUCAACUUUUCCGUUUCAAACAAAAGAAAAUCGAAGAUACUGGAUGUUAUUUGAUUACACCGCAGAUUUAAUCUACCUUAUGGAUGUAAUAUUAGUUCAACCUAGAGUUAAAUAUUUGAACGAAGGCUUCUGGGUGACAGAAAAGAAAGCACUUAGACAAAAUUACAUAAACAAUAAACAUUUUAAGCUGGAUCUUGUAUCUCUACUGCCUUUAGAUAUAUUUUAUAUAGUGACAGGCCCGGAUGUAGUGCUAUUACGAUUUCCUAGGCUUUUGAAAUUCUAUGCUUUUUGGGAAUUCUUUGGUCUUAUCGACCGGCAAAUAUCUAAUCCGUAUAUUAUAAGAAUAACACAAACUUUAGUAUAUAUGAUGUAUUUAAUACAUUUGAAUGCCUGUGGUUAUUAUGCCUUUUCUCUAUACGAAGGUAUCGGUAGCAAUAAUUUUGUUUAUAAUGGACAAGGAAACGCCUACAUCAAAUGUUUCUAUUUUGCAACAAAAACGGCCACGUCCAUUGGUAAAAAUCCGAAACCUACCCAGGAAGUAGAAUAUAUUUUUAUGACGUUUUCUUGGUUGAUGGGCGUCUUCGUUUUCGCUUUACUCAUUGGUCAAAUUAGGGACAUAAUAUCAACGGCCACUCGAUCCAAAACCGAAUACAGAAAACUAGUUGAUGAAACACUAGAGUAUAUGAGAAGGCUGAACUUGCCACAAGAGAUGCAACGGAGAGUUCAACUUUGGUUUAACUAUACUUGGGAAACGCAGCAUACUUUGGAUGAAAAUAACAUAAUGGAUUGUUUACCGCACAAAAUGAAAACCGAUAUAGCAAUUAACGUUCAUAUCAAUACUUUAAAUAAAGUCAAACUUUUUGCCGACUGUGAUGAGGCUCUAUUGAGAGAGCUGGUACUAGAAUUGAAAAGUGUGAUUUAUUUACCAGAAGAUAUAAUAUGCAAGAAGGGUGAUGUUGGUACUGAAAUGUACAUUGUCCAAUCUGGAAAGGUUCAAGUUAUCGGAGGAAAAGAGGGUAAAGAAGUUUUAGCAACAUUAUCUGAAGGCAGCGUUUUCGGUGAAAUUAGUCUUUUGGGCAUUCCAGGAAUGAAUCGAAGGACCGCCGAUGUCAGAUCCUAUGGUUAUUCUAAUCUUUUCGUUUUGGAUAAAGCAUCACUGAAUGCCGCUUUGUCCCACUAUCCAGAAGCUCAAGAACUGCUCAAUAAGAAAGCAAAACUGCUCAUGAAGAAGAACGAGGCACUGGAACAAAAGAAUAAAGCUAUGAUUAUUAUUAAAAACCCCACUUCUCCUGAGAGGCAUGCUAAACUUUUGGAAACCGUACUUCAGGUAUUACCACCUGAUUCCAAGACCAAUCGACUUCUACGAUAUGGAAGUAGGCAGGCACGCAAGCCGAGACCCGAGAAUGACAAGUUCAAAUACAGAAACAGUUUGCCUGCGAUCAGAAAUCACGAGGCCUUAGACCGAUUGAGGCAAGAGAGCGCACACAGAGAAACUAGCAGCAACAAGAGUGAUAAUUCGCAGGACUCAGACCAAGAAAAAGUCACGAUCCAUAGAUCACUCAACGUCGACGAUAAAAAGACCAAGUUGUACGAAUUGCAUGCUAAACCUAGUUAUAAGGAAAUGAAAUAUGAUAUAGUUUUCGAGGAUGACAUUUAAGCCAUAAUGGAAGGGUAAUAUUGUAACUUAUUCGUUUUGUGUCUUUCCUUUAUACAAAGAGAAAUAAUAUUUGUAAUAAACCAUUAUUUUAUUGAAACAUUUAUUAUAUUUUUAAAAAAUACUAUUAAAUAAAUAUUUUGAUGAU